AUGUAUAAUGGUAGAAUAGACCCGAUGGAGUAUGUCAAUCAUUUUAACCAAAGAAUGGUUGUACACUCGAGAAAUGAGGCCUUGCUGUGCAAGGUGUUCCCUUCUAGCUUAGGACUAGUUGCAAUGAGGUGGUUCGAUGGUUUGGAGGAGGGAUCAAUCAACUCCUUUCAGGAGCUUACUAGGGCCUUUGGAGCCCGGUUUGUCACUUGUAGUAAAGUUCCUCGUCCCCCGGACUCUUUGCUAUCUAUGACUAUGGGAGAAAGUGAGACUCUGAGGACUUACUCAGAUAGAUAUUGGGAGAUAUUUAACGAGAUAGAUGGAGAUUUUAAAGAUGUAGCUAUAAGGACAUUUAGGGUCGGCUUGCCCACUGAGCAUGAUUUGAGGAAGUCCUUGAUUAGGAAGCUUGCCCAAAGUAUGUGGCAGUUAAUGAACUGA